CUCCCACAACGCCGCGCGCCGCCCACCCUGCCUCUCGCGGGUGGCUCUCUGCGGGCCUCCCAGUAUCGCCUCUCGGCGGCGGCAGCAGCAGAGGCGCUAUGGCCGACGGCGGCGGUCCUGCGGAGCCACCCAGUCCGCGGGACUCCCCAGGCCCGGCGCCACGGGCCUUGCACGCGGUCAGGCCGGGCGGCGGCGGCGGCGGCGGCUGCGGGGAGACCCCGCGGACGGCGGCGCUGGCGCUGCGCUUCGACAAGCCCAUCAAGCAGGCCUUCUACAACACGGGGGCCGUGCUUUUCGUGUGCCUGUGCUGUGGCGCUGCCGUGCUCGUCUACUUCAUCCUGGAGGCGUUCCUGCGGCCGUUGCUCUGGGCCGUGCUGUGCGGCACUUUCCUGCACCCGUUCAAGAGCUCGCUGACGCGCCUGGGCCGCCACUGGCUGCACCGCCUGCAGCGCGCGCACACGCCCAUCGUGCUGGCCGCGCUGUUGCUGCCGCUCUGCUUCGCCGACUACGGCGUCGAGGCCCUGGGCGAGCAAGUGCUGCGCCGCCGCCGUUUGCUGCUGCUGCUGGGCGCCGGCGGCCCGCUACUCUAUGGCUUCUACAGCCUUGGCAGCUACCUGGGCGUGCAGGUGCUGCUGGCUCAGGCCGGCGCUCUCAUCUGCUGCGGGCUGGACUAUUUCAGCAGCCUGUGGAUCUGGACGUUGGUAGUUGGCUAUGUGUUGGCUGUUUCAUUCAAGUGGAAUGCAAGCACUGAACGCUACUUGAGAGCAGUUUCAAUUCCUGUCUGGAUUAUAUUGCUUUUUCAUUUAGCGUCCCUGGCUGGCUCAUGGAGAAUUCCAGUAUUCCUCGUUAUUGUGUUCUUGAUGUCUGUGGGCACCCUCUAUGAAAAACAGAAUGAAAAAGAGUCUUCUGGGGCAGAGUUGCCAGGGCAAGUUAUUUCCAUGGCAGCUUCCACUCUAGCCACCUUGGCCAUCUCUAUCACCGGGUAUGAAUCAAGCACGGAAGACCAGCCCCCGGCUCAGCCUGCAGAAACCAUGGACAGAGGAGAACCCCCUCCGUCAUUGUCCUCGCCUUCUUCACCCUCCUCCCCUUCACCCACUCUGGGCAGACAAAGGACUGAAAUUGGAACGUUCCUUAGGAAGAAGAAAACAAGUGAUAUCUACUUCGUGUCCCUUGUUUGGGCCAUCAUCGGAGUCCAGGUCUGGUUGAACCUGUGGAUUAUGCAGCUGCUGCCAGUGCCUAUUGCAGUCUGGGCAGUCAAAAAGCUUGUUAUUCACUUUGGAGUUGUGCAGUUCAUGGAGAAACGCUGCUAUGUGUGGUGGCAGGUCGUGGAGCGCUUCCUGAAGGAGCGGCAGGCAGCUCUAGCACCCUGGCCAAUUAUCGGGCUUGGAAAAUUCUUGUUAAAAGUUGACUGCAAGCUCUGGCACUGGCUAAAUAAGAAGAUGAUCAUCUGGUUGGAGAAGAUGUUAGACAAAAUCAUUAGCAUUUUCAUCAUUUUUCUGUUGGUGAUAGGAACCCUUCUUUUAGCCCUACUCCUGACUGCAAAGGUACAUCAAGAGAGUGUGCACAUGAUCGAAGUCACAAGCAGUUUGAUUAAUGAAACUCUAGCAAAUCACCCUGAGUGGGCAAAUUGGCUUCCUGAGGCUCAGGUAGUCCAAAGAGCCCUCAAUUCUGCGGCUAACAACGUGUAUCAGUAUGGACGAGAAUGGAUAACCCACAAGCUUCAUAAAAUUCUUGGAGAUAAGGUGAACAAUACUGCUGUAAUUGAAAAGCAAGUACUAGAACUUUGGGACAGACUGUAUCAUUCCUGGUUUGUAAAGAACGUAACGCAUUCUGGGAGGCACAAAGGACACAAGCUGCACAUAGGUCGUCAGAACGGCUGGCUGGGGGACAUGCUGGACUGGCAGGACAUUGCCUCCUUCGUUCACGAGAACAUUGAGACGUUUCUCUCGAUCUUAGAGUCUCUGUGGAUUGUUAUGAGCCGGAACGUGAGCCUGCUUUUUACCACUGUCACUACGCUCCUGACCAUCCUCUUCUACAGCGGGACAGCCCUCCUCAACUUCGUACUGUCUCUGAUAAUUUUCCUGACCACACUAUUUUAUCUAUUAAGUUCCAGUGAUGAGUACUACAAGCCAGUGAAGUGGGUGAUAAGCCUGACACCACUAUCUCAGCCAGGUCCUUCCUCUAAUAUUAUUGGCCAAUCUGUGGAAGAAGCUAUCAGAGGGGUGUUUGAUGCGUCCCUCAAAAUGGCUGGCUUCUAUGGGUUGUACACCUGGCUGACGCAUACUAUAUUUGGCAUCAAUAUUGUCUUCAUACCAUCAGCUUUAGCAGCAAUCCUUGGAGCAGUGCCGUUUCUGGGGACGUAUUGGGCAGCAGUACCUGCAGUUUUAGACCUGUGGCUUACACAAGGCUUAGGAUGCAAAGCCAUCUUACUGUUGGUGUUUCAUCUCUUGCCCACAUACUUUGUAGAUACUGCCAUCUAUUCCGAUAUAUCAGGAGGCGGCCAUCCUUACUUGACAGGCUUGGCAGUGGCUGGCGGAGCGUACUACCUCGGUCUGGAAGGAGCAAUCAUCGGGCCCAUCCUUCUCUGCAUACUUGUGGUUGCUUCCAAUAUCUACAGUGCCAUGCUCGUGAGUCCCACGAACUCAGGGCCCACGCCAAACCAGACCCCAUGGCCUGCUCAGACUCAGCGGUUUUGUACCUGCAUGCUGGUGAGGGGUUAGGAAAUACACACUCUGCUAUGCCAAGCCAACUAAAGUGAGUUCUUAAAUGCUUUCGUUCUUAAAUGUUCAAAGUUUACUCUGCACCUCUGGGAGGCGGAGAGUCAACAGCUCUUGAGUUGUUACAUCGGAAAAGAUUUAAACAUUUACAUAAAUGAAAAUUUAAAAAAUCUCAUUGAAACUUUAGGGGAAGCAUAUCCCCAACGUUUUCAAGGAGCAAAGGAUUAUAAGUGACAAACCACAUGGCAAAAUCCCAUAGCUAGUAAAGGAACUAUACAGUGUUAGCACCUGUGCUCUGUCCCCUCAGCCACAUGGCGUCCUGUUCCUCAUUGCUUGUUCUACCACCGUGGUUCUUAGGAGCAUAAUGAUCCUGUGGUUUGGGAAAGAAGACUGUAUUUAGGUGGCUUAGAUAAGACAUUUACCGUUGUUAGAAAUACUGUCCAUGUAGAGUUUCUUUCUAAUCUAGGGAGGGGCAAGUUUUUGGAGCCCUGCUGAUUAUAAUAGUUAGCCUCAUGCCUGUUGGUGAGGCCAGAAAGAAGUCAGAGAAAGAC